CAGUAAUCUUUAGCAACAGACAUGGCUAGUGGUGGUGACUUACCUCCACUUUGUGCUGAACUACCAUCCAUGAGUGAUGUCCAACGUAAAGCACGGCAACCAGAACUGCCUGUUGACAUUCUUUUGUUGACAGUUGAGGAUUCUGAGUUCUUAGCAUGUUACCAGCAGCUGAAAGAUCCCUUCCGAUGGUAUUUCCCUGACCUUGGUUAUGUUUACUUUGAGAAUAUGGAUAAAGGUAAAAAAGAAGGAUUAAAGGUUGCAUUGAUGAAGUGUUGUAGUGGUGUCAUUGGUCCUGGUGGCUCCUUGAUUACCGUGAGAAAUGCUGCCAAGGUGCUAAGACCCAAGGCAGUUUUUUCUGUUGGGACAUGCUGUGGCCUCAACUCCAAAAAAACCAAGUUAGGCGAUGUUGUUGUAUCAUCCAAAUUGAGGAUAUGUGGAUCCAAAGAGGUAACAGAACACCAGACUCAGUCUAGUGGAAACUGCUAUGUAAACAGACGCUUUUGUGAUGUUAUUAAGAAUUGUGCUGAUGGCUGGAAGGCACCUUUGAAAAACUCUGAAGCUCAAGAAGUCAAAGUUCAUCUUGGUGAAGUUCUGAGUGACCCAGAGGUUGUCAGGCAUGAGUCACGACGUAAAGAGCUUGCUGAGCUCUAUCCCGAGGCAGUUGCUUUUGAGAUGGAAGGAGAAGGUAAGGCUGUUGCUUUUUGUGUGUUGGCAAAAAGUUUACCUUACUUAUAGUCUUCGUUCUUUCAUUACUAUUAGAUUGGUUUGUUUACAAAGUGUCAGUCAUUUUUUUUUUCCUUUUUAAAAUUUAUUGUGCAGUUUGCAAAGGUGCACUCAUCAUUAGUAAGGCAGCACCUUUUGUCCAGAAAUUGUAAUUUUUUCACGAGUUCAUACCAGCAUGGAAAGAAAGUCAAGUCUGAUAACCCUGGGCUAGCCUAGUGGAUUUUGCAAUCAGGCUAGUGAAUUCAGUUUUUAACUAAGCAAGUUAAGUUUUUUGAGGGGAAUUUAAAUAGAUUAGUACUGGAAAUUGUUUCAAUUCCUUAUAAAUUCAUGUGGGCUGAAAAAUUUUUUCUUGGGCAGAUCUUACAAAGUGAAUUGCAAUAAUGUAUUGUAAUAAUAAUGAUGAUACAGUCAACUCUCUCUUAACGGACACCUCUAUAAGAUGGACACCUCUGUAAAACGGACACUUAGAGUUGGUCCCUGCCUUUCUUUACUCCCUUUAUUUGACUCUCUAUAAGACGGACACCUCUCUAAGACGGACACUUAGUGCCGGUCCCAAAGGUGUCUGUCUUAGAGAGAGUUGACUGUAAUAAUGGUAAUUAUCAUUAUUUUCAUUAUUACUUGUAUAUAGAUUUAGCCAGGGCUAAAAGCGAAGCUCCCAUUAAUAAAUUUAUAAUUUAAAUCAAACAAUAAACUUGUAUUCCACAAAUCAGUUAACUUGAGGGCACAUUCAUGUGACUUUUGAGGGAAAGGCUAAGUGAUUUUAGAGUGAAGCAAAUCUUGCAUCGAGUUGAUGGCCUUAAAUGUAGACCCAAAAAAAAUAGUCUUUGGGGACAUUAAAGAGCAAUAAUGGCUCUUGAUCACAGUAGAUUAGGCGUGGAAAACAAAUCAGGUCCAAUUUUUUGCGUUCAACAAGUUUACUUUACAAAUUCUUGCCAACAAAUCUGGGUGUGUGCAAACCAACCUUUUAAACUUUUUUAUACAUCACGUCUGAGGAGAAAGAGUACUAUGAGAUGCUGUUUUUAUCAUACAGAUCACACCUCGUACAAAAUGCAGUAUUUCACAAUUUUUCAAGACAAAUUGCAUUCAUUCAAUAUUUUGGACCACAUGGACUUUUAGCAAAACCUUUAAAAAAAUUUCCAAAAUCACCUAUAUGGCCAGCCGGUUCUAACUUUUGACACGCACUAUAUUUGCAAAGAAUUUAAAAGAGUUACACUUCAACAUGAUAAAGAAUUUAUUGUGUUUAUUUUUUUAUUAAUGGAUUUAUAACUAAAAAGCAUUUGAUAAGCUCUGCAUUUUGAGUACCAUUAAGCUGCCGGCUUCCCGGUGUUUGCUGUUUUCAAAGAUGAACUCGCAACAAGAAAAUCGUUCAAAGCUUUCUUUCUACAGCCAAAAUUGUAACUAAAUAUUCUUCGGAAAGUUUUUUCUAUUUUUGGUGAAUUAAUAUCGACUAAAGGCUUUUUAAAGUUCUGUAGGCUUAUGUCAAACCUCAUACUAGGUCAGAUCAGUGUCUCAAAUCUUAAUAUGCAUGAACUAGCUUCAUAAACUGCGCUCGACUUCUUAAAAUUACAUAUAAAUACAACAAUUACUCAGGCUUACCAUAUUUCGAGAUGCAGCUCCUGAAAACGGAAACAUUGUUUUAUGUAUUCUAACAUUUUAAUAUUUUACAAGAUCCAGCUAUGACUAAGAUAUUCUUAAUAUUUAAAUAUUUUUACAUAAGAAAGACUUCACGGCACAGGGUUUUAUUACGGUCAGACGCCCAACUUCUGUGUUUUUUACUAAUACUGAGCACCAGACAUGUAAAACUGCCAAAUAAUAAUAAUAAUAAUAAUAAUAAUAAUAAUAAUAAUGAUAAUGAUAUUACAGUUUCUCAUUCAAGUACUUUCUUAUUAUUUUUGUUUCUUUAUAUGCAGGCAUUUUUGCAGCAGCAUUUGACCUUCAGAUUGAAUGGUUGAUUGUAAAAGGAAUUUCCCAGUUUGGAGACAGUGCCCAGUUAAAUGUGAACAGUUGGCAAGCGUUUGCAAGUGUGAUGGCAGCUUCUCUUGUUGCACAUAUUUUGAGUGAUCCAUGCAUAUUUUGUUCCUGGCCUCAUUUCAAAGGUAAUUACAUGUAUGACUUCAGAAGAGGAGGAGCUGAGAGAAUGCACACAUUUGGAAGUAAUUAGUUGACAUCCUACAAUAAUAUUUCUUAAACCUCCAUUUGAACCAUUGAUUCUAAUGAUUAUUAUUUUCUCUGUCAAAUCUUUUUUUGGAACCUCUUGUAAGCAACCACAACCACUUCAUGUUGAUAGCUAACUAUGAGCUAUUUUAAGUUCCAUGUAAUUAGAGUGAAGUUGAAUGUGAAGCAUUGCUGGUCUAUAGUCUCUAUGUGAAUUCUGUGUGCAAAACAACACCACUGGAGGUGCAUGAUGGUUAAUACUAUAUAAAAUUAUUCUUGCACUGCACAACUACAGUGUGAAAUUUACUUGUGCAACCAUUUAUGAAGGAGGCAAACACGUGAUGACUAAUUUUUCUUUUCCGAUUUGAACUUAGAUAGAGUCCAUAAGAAUAAUUUUCAACUCCAACAAUUAUGAUAAAAAUAAUGUAGAAGGCCAAUGUGAUAGAGUUUUAAAGAACUUGACUUCUUGUUUUUAAUAGUGACUUUUUCACUGCUUAAGCUCCCUAAAGUGAAUUGUGGAGCUGUUAUUUCUAACUCCAGUAUUUUAUGUUCUUCCUCAUACAGAACCUUCAAGUGAAUUAUUGGCCAAGUUUAUUUCCAUUCCCAAGGAAAGUGGUGAACAGCUUGAGGCUAUCAUUAGAGGUUUAGAAUGGCAAAAUACUGAAAAGAGAAUGGGAGAAGAAAACAGCCUGAAAGACUGUGUCAUGCCAGAUUUGGAUGGUAUUAACCUGAGUGAGAAGAAUUUUAAGGCAUUAGUGCAGAGGGUUUGGAAUUCUUCCAAACAUUGGAGUGCCGGCCAAAGUGAAUUCAUAGUUUUUACUUGCCAAGGCGAUGGAGAUUUCAACCUAAUGAACUGUCUUGCCAUCCUGAGUUUGUUUGCUUUCGAGAAAGUUGCCACAAAGUCCUUAGAAGUAAUCCAAACUUUGGCUGGUCAGUAUGAACAUUAUCCUGGUUUUGGAGUUGUAAUCAACAACCUUGGGGUGAUGUUUACUGAAAAAGCACUUUUCGAGAAGAGUACUGAGUGCUUCAUUAUGGCCAAAAGUUGUUUUGAUCUCCAAGAAGACCAUUUGAGAGGUGCAGCAGUGUCUUUAAACCAAGCAGUUCUGUACAAAGCUGUCGGGGACUACAAAAAGGCACAAAGUCUCUGUUCUGAAAUAGCUGCUGUAUAUUGCCACAAAUUUGAGAUAAAGGAAAAGAAUGUUCAUUUGCUAGUCAAGGUGUUAGUAAGAGCUGCCGAUAUGUUAAAAGAGUUAGAGGACUAUGUGAUGUUCUACAAAUUCCUGAGGAUUUGUGCUCGCUUUGACUUCGCUGGAGCCAGUAUCCCUAUGUCAGCAGUUUUAGCAGGGCAAUUGAUGAAACUCCAACUUAAAGAGGAUACAAGUGGAAAUGUUGUAUCUAAAGAGGUCACAGCUUUUUCAUACAAUUUGCUCAUGUUGCUUGAUAAUCCUGAUGCAGAGUUGAUGAACGCUGAGGUCAUACGAAUAAUGAUCAAUGCAGCAAAGAUUCAUCACAAAAAUGGUUACCCUGAUGAAGCUUGCAGUUUGUUGAUAAAGCUGCAGAAUUCUUUCCUCUUUCUUCAUGGUGGAAAGGCUUCACUCUAUGGUUUUCUGUUAUAUCAGAUUGGUUGCUUCUUUAUUGCCUGUGAAAAGUUUUCUGAAGCUUUAAUUGCACUCAGACAAGCAGUGAACAUUCUAAUCUCUUAUUUUGGCCAAGAACACCACACAGUUGCAUCUUGUAUGAGUAUGUUGGGUUCCUGCUUUUUGCUAAUGGGGAACUACAAAGAAGCUUUGAAGCAUCUAAAUGAAGCCCUGGCAAAGUUUACAAAUUUAAAUCCUAAUCAUCCAGAAGCUGGAAGGAUUCUUCUAGAACUCUCAUUUUUAAAGAUUGGGGAGAAAAACUUUCGGUGUGCCUGUGAUACCAUGGAAGAAGCUUUGGGCAUCUUCAUUUCAGCUUGUGGUGAGCUGUCUCCCAUGUUAGCCAGUGGAUAUUUCCAGUCUGCCACGGUCUUGCUAAAAGAUAAGUCGUUGUGGAAUUUAGCCAGAGAAAAACUGGUAACAGCGAUUGACAUCUUCUUACAUCUUGGACUGAAACCCCAUCAUUCUUUUGUCAUUGCAUGCCGCAGUUUGCUUGGUGUCUUGCAGCUCUCCUUAAGGGACAGGAAAGAGGCAGAAAAGUCUUUUGAGGAUGUUGAACAGCAUUUAGACAUUAAUAGUGAAUCCUGGACCAAAACCAGAAUUAUCUACUCUCCGCUAGUCCAUUUACUAGUUCCAUCACUAGCAGUUGAUACAGACAGAUCCUUUGAUCUCUGUGCAAAAGUUGUAGCUCUUGUUAAUCUGGUGCACCUCAAAACUGGUUAUGAAAGAUACAGGCAUCUUGCUUUGCUCAUGAAUUACUUGGAGGGACACAAAACAGAGGAACUUCAAAUAAAAGAUUUUGCUGGUCAAGAUGUUUUCCACAUUUUGCACAGACCGCCUGUCUUUGACAAGCCUGUAGUUUGCAUUGUAUCCUCGCAUCCAAAGCCAGCCUCUUCAGAGUCUGGUGAACAUAUGGGCAAUCAUCCAGUGAGUGACACAAAAGAACCAGAUGAAGAAAGUGAAGGGUCUCAAAUGUUCUUAUCAUCUGUAAACAACAAGUAUUUUGUCUUGUGUUUGAGGGUUCCUCAUAAUAUUCAAGAAGACAUUAGUUUCCUGGCCUCUGCACUCCAAAAGAGUGUUUUGACGCUUUUUUUACAACCAUCAUUCCGCAAAGAUUUUGUAGAGAGAGAUGAUUUGUAUAGGGAAAUGACAAUCCCUACACUCAACAUUCGUUUCCUUGGGAGGCUGAUCGACUGUCUUCCUCUUCUUGUUGAACUGGAAUUGUCGGAUUUGCAAGAGUGUGACAACUUCGACUACUUGAAUUCUUGGGAGUCCUCCUUAAAAUCAACUAAGCAGUCAAUACAGGUCUCCUACCUCUCUUCUGAAUGUUCUAAUCAGCGCGAGGCUGAGUUUGUCUUUGACCGUCUGACCCAAAGAUUACAUGAAAAGCUGACACUAAGCACAGACCUAAGUGUUGUUGUAUCUCAUGUUUCCCCAGCACAAAAUGUAGCAUCUCUUGUCAUUGAAAAGCUGGGAAAAUCCUUUAUUUCUAUUGCUGUUGAAAAGAAGUUUUUAACAGUAAAAUGUUACAGCUUCAAGGAAUCAGAUUUAGAGCGGGUCUGUUCAUUGGUACAAGAGGCUCUAGAAAAGACCAUGGAAUCUUCAGCUCUCAGUGUAAACUUUGAACGAUCUUCAUGGUUGCUUGGCCAGGGGAGCUGUUGUGAAUUGUCGAGGCAAAACUGCAGUUCAGAUGUGACCAGUGGCUUGUUUCGCUCUGAUUCGACCUUGGAAAGAAGUGACUCUCCAUGUGCAGACAGCAUACAUCCACAGUCAGUUUUAAAGAUGCCUUCAACUGUCGAAGUGUUACAAGGCGUGGUAAGUUUUUUCUAUUUACAUUGUAAAGUUGUGUUUUAGCAAUAACCAAAAUAAAUACAUUAUCAGCCCUGGUUGUUCAAUUUUUGGAUAGUGCUAUCCAACAGAUAAAUCGCUACCUUGUGGGAAACCAAUAUUGUGUUAUCCACUGGAUAACAUUAACUUUUUUCCUCUGGAUAGGGAUGCUCUUUUGAACAACUGGUACCAGGUGUGGAUUGUAUACUUCCCUCCUUAUCCCAUAUUCUUUAUUACAGCAAAAAAAUAGGAAGCAGUUAGUGAACAGGCUGGGGACUUUGUCAAGUGAGUCGUUUGGUGGUUGGAUCGUUGUGUGAUGCUGUUGAGUCAUAUGCGCUUUUUUUUAAUUUGACGUGAUGCACCUUCUAGUCAAAGACCCACAUUUCACCCUGGCUCGCCAUCAAGUCUCCAGUAGCUCAGUGGUUAGAGCAUCUGACUAGAUCAUGGAGGGUCGUGGGUUCAAAUCCCAUCUGGGGCUCAGCUUUUUUCCAAGUUUCCAUGUUAUGUAAAAACGUAUCAUCUUGUUGCAGUUCUACAAAAAGACUCAUUAGGUGGUUUAAUUAACAUGUCCAGAAACCAAGACAAAUGACUUGAUUUGUUACCUUUUAUGCAAUAGGAUGUGGAGAUUAGGCCUUUUGUAAGCCAUACCAGCAGCAACUCACCUACAGACGUGGAUAUUAAUUUGUGUCUUCUGGAGUACCUUUUGAGACAAGCCAAAUGUGAAGCCACUACAGAAAAAACAUUGCAGAGCUCCAACGUCGCAUCAUCUUCCUCUGACAGUUGUGCUAGUGAUGUUCAAGUAAAUCAGUACUCACCAGUCUCAUCUGAACAGACCUCAGUUUCUGAAAACAGCUACAGUUUUCCUGAAUCUGAUGAUUCCUUCACACCAACAAAGUCAUUACCUGAUAGCUUGUCAUCUGUGAGAAGUAUAAACGAAUCAAAUGGCCCCCUCGCUCUUGACCAAAGUGAUUCAGAAGUCUCUAGUUACAGGCACUUGUCAAAUGAGGAAGGCAGCUGUGAUCCAGACACAAGGGAAGCAAAGCAGUUGGAAGAUUUACAUCAAUUGCAAUCAUCAGUUGCUGAAUGUAAUUCUGUGAGCAGUGAAGAAAACUCUAUUUUCCCUGUUGACCAGAAAACAGGUGUGCAACAUGUUCACACAAACACAGAGUCAAAUGUGGCAAAUUCCAGCAUGUUGCUUCUAAACAACCAAGCUGGACAUUUGGAUUUAUACCAACAUCAGAAACAAGGUCUUUCUGUUGAACGUCAUGAGAGCAUUUCAAGACCAUCAUCUGCUGCAAGUUCAGAGGGAAGUGGUUUAGAAACUGCGUCUGGUGAUUUUGAGAAUGUGUUAGCAGCUUCGCGGAAGAAGUGCUUUGAAUUGCAACUAGAGAUCAAGCAAUUGGAGGAACAGCUGAAGCAGAGUGAAGAAGAGAAACAGAAACUCCAAGUUGACCUGGGGAAACACUUGUUCCUUGAAGAAAAAGGAAAGCGUUGUGGAAGGCUCCUGGGAGGGGCAGCUUUGCUGCAUGAGUCAGGUUAGUUGGAGAUGUCAAUUAAAAAGUAAUAAAUAGCAGCUUAACAGUUUAAGAACAUGGAACUGUGUGAGGAAUUGCAGAAUUGGAGGAAACUAACAUGAUUGGAUAAGGCUGAGUAUGUAAAGAGGAAUUGUGUAGAUUAAUUAAGGUGUUUUUGAUUUGGUUUGUAACACCCUCUGAAAGCUGCAUAAUUAUAAUGUUUUAUGAAUAAUGUGCAAAAUUGGAGAAUUAUUCUUCAUAAUAUUAUUAUAAGAUAGCAGAUUCAAUGACUACUUAAUUUUUCAUUCAAAUUAAUAAUAUCUAAACUCAUAACAGUCCUCCUUAACUUUCCAUUCCAUAGAAUUUCUUCCAAGUGUUUGCCGUUAAGUGGUAUUUUCAGGGAAUUAAUAGAUGUUGCUUGACACUUGGAAAAUACAUGUUUAAAGUCUGUAGAAAGUUGUUAGCCUGUAACCACUCUGAUUUACUUUACUUUUUAAUGCAGCCAACAUACUAUGUGUAAUUUUUACGGCCUGCAUCUUUCUUAACUGCAUUCCAAUGAGCUCAAGUUCUUCAAAUGCAUCGUUAGAUGUUAUUAAACAAUUAUUGGAUGAGGUUGAGCAUGAUAUCAUGAAUUAUCAAAACCGAGGUCUGUGUUUGGCUUCGGCAGAUAAUACAGACACGAGGUUUUGAUAAUUCAUGAUAUCAUGCAAAAACCAAAAUCAAUAAUUGUUUUAUUAUACAUUUUUUAAACAAUAGGCAAAAAGAGACAUUCAGCCAUUCUGUUUCUCCGGAGAACACUCCAAGGGGCUUGGUAACCAGGCAGACGUUGAACUUGACAUGAUAAAUAUCUGCAGCAGAUAUUGCAUUUAUCAUGUCAAGUUCACAAGCUAUUGUGAAUUGAUUGAAUGCUCUUGACCAAUCAGAUUUUUCAUAGUGAGUCUGAUGUAUAAUAAAGUCCAAUAACAGUACUGCUUAACUGACAGAGAACCAAUAAUUUAUCACGUGAAAGAUUGUUGCAGUCAUGUGUACAACUUAGUUGCGGAGAGAAAGCCUGAAAAAAUUCCAGCCAGUUUGCUAGAUAGCUCAGUGGUAAUUAAGAGCUUUAACUUUUUUCAAGCUUUCUUUUGGUGACCUAUUAAGAUGCAUAUUUCCAUGUAACUGUGAUUGUCUUUCUCAGGUUAAAUCUUUCUCAUGCAGUUCGAAUGUAUGAAGAUUUCAUAACCAUUUUAACUUUGAUAUAGAAAACAAAUAACAUCCUGACUUAAUUGAACAAUUAGCUAGGUCAAUAACCAGAGAGCUUAAUACUGUUAAUUAAUGAUAUACAACUCACUUUGACUUCAAAGAUGACUGCUGCACAGGUUGUUGAAACGUCAGUCACUGUCAACUACAGUCCUAUUUAGGACUACACUUCCCUGGUCAGUCGUGUUACAUCUUCUGACUGAGGGCGAGGGCGAGGUCGAGGGCGAGUAUGACAUGACUCCUGUACUCAAACCAUUCAUUGAAUCGCAAAUAAUGAAACUUUCAUUCCUAUGAAAUGAAAACUUGAAACUUUUCAUUCCUAUGGGCAGUGAUCUAUUUGGCAGGGUUCAUUGUUUUAUAUUCCUGCCUUAUUUUUUUUUUGUAGGUUUUUCCCUGCAUUCAAGACUUCCAGAGAUCUGGCUUCAAAGGGAUCCUAGGCUCAAACCAUUCAUUGUAUUUAAAAAAAAGGAUAAAAAAUAUCAUUCCCAUGGGCAGUGAUCAAUUUGGCAAGGGUCAUUGUUUUAUGUUCUUUCUCGUGAUUUUUUUCAGGAUUUUCCCUUCACUCAAGACUUCUAGAGAUCUCUGAUUCAUUAUCAUGGGAAGAGGUGAAAAAGAUCAAGUUUCUGGUCAAAAGCAAAGUGAAUGGUUUCAGACUUGCACGGAUAACAGAAGCCUUUGAACUGUUUGAAGAACUGGAAACAAAUGGAGUAUUUCCCUGCCAUUAUAUUGCAAACCUACUAGUGGGGAUUCAGCGAUAUGAUCUUGUGGAGAAACUUGGAAUACAGUUUCCUUUAACAGCUGCAAAACAUGGUAAUAAUGAGAAUCCCUAAUCAUUUUUCAUUGUAGCAACACACUCUAAUUGUUAAAUGAAUGUUAAAGCAGUUUAGAUGUAUAGACCCUUCAAUGUUUUCUUCAAUAGGCCAUUUUAUAGUUGUGGGCUUAGUAUCCUAGCCUUUGAGUGGACGUGAGGCUGAGGUUGACGUUGUUUUGAUGCAAACCUCUUUCCUUUUCGUAUGGGAACUAUGCUUAAAAAUACGUAGUUAACAUAAGAAAAACAUUAGUUACAUAAUAAAGCAGGAAGGGUUGUAUAUAAAUAAACAAGGUCAAUUCCAACCUCGUUUUCACCUGUAACUGUAAAAUGGGCUAUUCUUGACAAGGAUCAGUUGGCAAAAAUCUGUCGCUACCUUAAAAUCAGCAAAGUCGUCAAGUUAGAGAGUGAUAUAAGUUGAAAAGAAACAUCUAUGAAUUGCAAAAUCAUAGGGUUUCAUAGACGUUUGAUAGGGGUUGGUGAUAGUGGCAACUUUUUGGUGACUUGGCAAAGCAAUGUCAUCUCUCAUUUCUGAAAUAUCACUCUUUGACUUGGCAACUAUUUAUUUAGUUUUUUGUGGCAUUUGUGCGAACAGAUCCUUGUCAAAAAGUGGAAAGGUCUAUUUUAAAAUAAGAACACCGGGCUGAUCAGGAAUUUUGUUUGCAGUGUAGUUGUGCUGUUUUAGUGGGGAUGGGUGUAUCACCCCAGAUACAAAGUUGGCUAUUCAGGUAAAGAAACGAGGGAAGGGGAUGUGUUUCUGGGUCAAGAAAGAGGGCGAACUGUCACAAAUCCCCUCCCCCUUCCCUAGUCUGUUACAUGUAGCAUUCACCCUUGGAAUUAAAAAGGAGAGAAGACAGGGGAAAGGCACUUGCUAAGGAAGAUCUGAAUGAUUCCAAACCAAAUGCAUGAUGGACGGUAAUGUAGUGGAUUCACUGGAUGAAGUAGCCGGUCUAUUUAAUUCUCAAGGACUGUGCUCAUAAAGGAUGUUUGCUUUUUUUUUUACUAGUGUUGUUGCUUGCUUAUUUUCACUCAGGGUCAGACAUUCUUUCUGGGCAGAGCUUGUCAGCGAGUGGAAAUAGAUUACCUGGUCGUGUUGAGAAUUCACCCAGACUGACAUCUGUUAAAGAUUACAGUUUGGAGGUACAACUGAACAGACAUGGAAGGAAGCACAUUGAACGAAAUGGAGUGUUUACACGUGUGAGUAUCAGAGGAGACUCGAUGCAAUUGCAAGGUGUUGAAGAAAAUGAUAAAUCAUUUACAACAGAGGAAGCAGAAAUUGAGCAGGAUAACAAUUCAUCACUUGGAUUCAGUGAAAAUGCAAGGGAAACCAACACGUACACCGCUGUCUCAAGUGAGAGUGAAAAAAGCAGUAAUUCAUCCAUGAAAAGUGCUCUCAGCGCCAAAGAAUUUCCCCAAUUCCCCACCCUUACUUCAGACGGUUAUUUGUCAAGUUCUAAUGAUAGUUCAUUAUUAUCAUCCAGUUUUGAACAAACCGCAGUGGUGGCUGAUUCUAGUUGCACCUUGCAGUCCUUGAUUGAUACAACUGAUGGCUCACCUAUUUUGACGACACUCUCUAGUAAGGCUUGUAGAAAUAAAGGAAUCUCAGCUGACGCUGACCCUAACGCAGGAUGUACUAAAGAGCAGACUGAACGGUCUCCAAAAUUUUAUUAUGCUGAUGUGGAGUGUGAUGGCCCUCCAUUAGUAGCAGCAUGCCAGUCUUAUUCAGCUUAUUCUUAUUCAGAAAACAAUGAAUGCUAUGUAGCUAAUGGGGAAGAUGAGCUUUUUGAUAAAGCAACUGAGAAGUCGGAAUGGAAAGAAAUUGAGGAAGAAAAAGACUUUGUCGAUUCUUGUGAUGGAGCAAUAAGAACAGUACACUCUGGCACAAGUGCAGAUACAGAAACAGAUUCUUCAGACCGUUUUGUUGGUCAGAUUGUUGGAACUCAAAGCGUUGCAAGUGGAGGAAACCUCCUAUUAACACAGCAAGGAACCUCUUCAACAGCAGGGAGGGUACUUAGGACACAAUCAUCCGCUGAAACAGAUUGGGAGCGUCUCGGUGCUAGACCAAAGGAGGUUCAACAUUCAGAUGUUCAACCAAAGCCAACAGAACCAUUUGUUUAUAUAACUGAUGGCUUAGCUGGUGAUUUCUUAGCGAGACACACCCAAGACAAAUCCCUUCAUGACAGUAUCUAUCAAACUGACGGUGCUUCUCUGUUCAAUGACUUUCCAUCGCAGGGGACUUCCUUUAUUGACGGUGACAUAUCUCAAUCUAGCAAAGCCCAGGCGUACUUUGGGGAUUGCCAGGUUGCGUCCAGGGCAGAGCCAUUUAUUGGAACUGGCAAUUCACUUGUGAGUGGAUCUAAUAGACAUUUAAGUGGCCCUUCUAAUGCGGAACUUUUCAGUGACAACUCGGGUCUUUCGCCCAGCCGUUUAGGAAAUGAUUUGUUCUCAUUGCAUAGUAACUAUUUAUCAAGAAAUACUUCAACUGCUGCAAACAACUAUUCUCUUCAAAGUGAUUUUGUACAUAGUAGUCAUAGAUUUGCAGGAGUUGACCAUUUUGACCAACAGACUUAUUUGCCAUCAGCACAGCAAACGCCAUAUCCUCCCAUGGCAAGUGACCCUGUUCUAAAUAGUUAUCCAGGAAUGACUGGUUCAAGUCUUGCUGACCCUUCACGGACAGGUGCAGCACUAACUCUACUUGGGGAUCCUGUACAUAAUGCGCCAAGAUUUAGUAGCUUUUUAAGUGAGCAGCUUAUGGACCCUGCUCAUGAUGCAAAUAGGUUUACUGGUGAUGACAACGCUUCAGCUUUUAUUUCUAAUCAGGGUACAGAUGAGCAAGCACAGAAAACAAAUUUAGCACUUGGAAAUUCGAGGACGACAACUGGAAACAUUAAUAAUGAUGCAAAUUCCUCUGCACGGUAUCAACCUGAAAAUUCCACAGCGUUCGAUAGUGUUUUGGCAGCGAGAUCUACACAUGAUACAUCUGUUUUAGAACCACGUCAUGGUAACGCCGACAACAAUAGAGUUUCUGUGUUAAACAACACAGACUUUGGUACUGAUUCAAUAGAGGCCUCAGACAACUCGUUACUUGCUCUCGAACGGCGUGUUGCGGAAGCUUGUGCCCUUGUUGAACGCGUUCUUCGGGAAAGAGAGGAACGUGAACAGUUUGGAAGGGAGAUAGAAAGGAAAGAACAGUUAAUAAGAGAACAGAGAGCUCGAGAAAGACGAGAGAGAGAAGAGAGAGAGUUACGGGAAGCUGAAAACUGGCCACAACAACAAGAAGCCAUCAACGCACGUUCACAGUGGUUAUGUGAACAUUAUCAGCGGCACUGCAGAGUGCGCUUCCCUUGUUGCACACAAUUCUAUCCAUGCCAUCGGUGCCACAACAUCUCGAAAGCUUGUGACAAUGAAGAGGCUAAAGCCUGCCAUGCCACCCACCUUAAAUGCUCUCACUGUCAACAUGAACAGGAGGUAAUUUUUAUUUUAAUUUGACGCUUAAAUGAAUUAAUAAACAAUGAAGGCUCGAUUACCAAUGAGCCGCUGUAAAGAUAAUGUCCUUCUGGAGACCAGGGUUCUAUUUUGAAUCAGAAUUUUGGUCUGUGGUGUAAAAUUCAAUUGGGUCAGGGUCAGAUAUUAUAUGAGGUUAGAAAAUACCGAGGAUUGGUAGAUAAGAAAGCCGAUGAAAUUGUUCUCGCUAAAGGCCUUUGAUUUUCAAGAAAAAUUAGAAUAUGAUCGGUUUCCUUGCUGGAAGUCUAAAAAUAGCCUGAUCGCUGAGAUCAAGUUUCCUAAAACCGCACGGGGAGAUUUGGACAAAUCCUAUUAAGAGGAAAACCCUUUUUCUUUCACCAGAAAGUAACCUUGAGCUUUUUCGAGACACCUCACACAGACAUAAUUCAAUAUCAAACAAAGAACAUGUUUUCAAGAAAAACAAAAACUUUAAUUUAACAGAUUACCUGCUGCAUUGUUUAUCUUGUGAUACGACUUCAAAUUUUCUCAGUUCUUGUUUAAUGACACAUUUAGACCUGACGUUGAUAUAAAUUAUACCUUAGAAUCUUUAUUUCAGCGAAAGCGUGGAAGUAAUAAUGAUUAAAAAUUUAUAGCGCACCUUUUCCAUAUAAAUAUGAUCAAAAGCGCGUAACAACUGAUGCGAACAGGCUCUGAAUUUCCUCGUUUCCAAAUGUUGCAGAGCAAAGUAUAUUAUUUUUUCCUCACUCUUAUCGUAAAUUGCCAUUAUCGAAGUCAUUUUUCUCAAAAAAAAGUGAGUACCAGAACUCUAGCGCGACUGGGGAUCGAUAGUUUUUCGUCAAGGCACUAUCGCCAUCGAAAUCAAGAAUUGCAUUGCAUUACUACCGUGACUCCGUGACUGACAUUUUGACUGCAUAAAAUACAUUUUUUCACUUUUUUCAUUGCUUAAAUGAUGAAGCGAAAUGUGUAUAAAAGUAUGUAAAUUAUAGACUACUUCGAGACUGCAGUGACGGCUUUCUGAGGUUAAAUAUUCAUUACGGGUAUUCUGUAAUCUAGCCCAAAUGUUCGAUAUUUUAUGGACCUCUGCGGCAAACGAACUUAACAAAAUGGCGACGGAAGACGAAGAUCUCUCAGCUCCAGUUAUAGUUUUGUAGAUUUUUCUUUGGAAUGGUCGUGUUUUUCGACGAGUAUUGCAACGAACUACAAGCCUGAACAUUCAAAUAGUUGUACUUUAAAGUGUGCGAUGUUGUUGACGAAAGGAGAUGGAUUUAAAAGCUGGUUAGGUAACUCGACGCAAGCAUUGUCAUUUUACAAAGUAACAUGCAGAAAUAGUGCCAUUUUGUAUCGACUUACGUUUUAGUCGUUCUGUCGGAGUUUUCUCUCUAUUUGUUCUGCUUUCCUGUCUUCAAAAUGAAGCUUGUCACAUUGGUUCGAUAUGUUAUACUGGCUUUGAUUUAUGUUUCUGUUUGGAGUAAUUAAUGACAUGGAAAUAAGUGGCCCCGUAUUCUGUCGUUUAGCAUAGAGUUAAUAUGUGGUUGAAAACUUGAGACAUUUUUUUUUGGUACCGAAUGCGAGUUAGCUUCAAGGUAACUCGCAAACAGCCUUAGUCCAUUUUGACAUGGUACUUUUAAGAUCAAUGCCAUUAAAUAAAUUUCUGUGUUCGUAGUUAUUCUAGCGUCAUUUUCCUUCCCAGAAUUUUGGAAAUUUGCCAGUUAAAGGGUUCAGCAUUUCAGAGUCGCUAAAAUUAUUCCAGUCUGGCUUUUUGUUUUAUCUCACUCUGAUUAGAAAAGCAACUUUGCAAUGGGAAAACCUACAAGAAGUAUAAACUAUAACGGACAUUUAGGGUUCAAAUAUCUGCGUUUGUACGUUUCGAAAUUGGACGUUUUUACACCCUGAAAUUUCCUAAACUUCAGAGCCAUCUUCCAGAGAUUUCAUUCAGCAGCUCCGGCCAAUUUCCAGGUAUUUUAAUUCUAGAAAAUAACAGGCUUUUGGCGGGAACAACUUACAUUAGGUUUUUUAUCUAUAUCUAUGAUCAAAAGUUGAAAGAAAUCAAUUUGUCAACUCUUUCACGAAAUCAAGAUUUUUCUCGAUUUUUUUUCUAACCGUGGCUUUUUGUGGCGCAGGAAACAAUUAAGUAAAUGAAAUACAAACAGCAACCAAAAAAAAAAAACAAGGAAAAAAGAAACAUUGGAAAAUGACGGUAUUGCGGUGGGACCGUACUUUUUUUGAUGGUGAAAGGCAGGUUCGUGUGGGGGUGAAGGAGGUUACCCAGGAGAACGAACAAAAAGAGAAGAAAAGGAAAGAUCUGAAUAGCCAAUUACAAACAGCAACCAAAAAAAAAAAACAAGGAAAAAAGAAACAUUGGAAAAUGACGGUUUUGCGGAGGGACCGAACUUGUCCUGAUAGGAAAAGGCAGAUACGUGAAGGGCCGAGUCAUGUUACCCACUAGACCGCUCAGGCAUCUAUUACAACUCUUCUGUUUAUUUAAGUAUUGGCUGAGACGAGGCUCCUUGGUGGGUAAAAAUGGCGAAUUCCGGGUGCAAAAAAUGGAAGCCGAACUAAAGGCCGCCGCCCAUUUCUCCCCUCAAUCUCCCACUCAGUUCGCUCCUUUCUUCGUGGUGGCCCCCGUUCUUUGUCCUUUUUCCCCAAUGAAGAGCCUGGUCACAGAGCCGACCAGUGUUCCCAUUAUAUGACCCGCGAUUCAGGUGUAUGAUCACUAAUCACUGGCAACAUGACGUGACACGAAAAUGCUUUCCCUUAGAAAAACUAAAAAAAAAUAAUUAAAUUAACUGCAAAAACCGUGGAAGAAAAUCCUGCUGGUUAUAAACGUUGGAUCUCGAGAAAAAAAAAGAAACAAACAAACAAAAGCAACAUUUUCCCCAUCGGAAUUUUCAGUUUUAACGGAAAAAGUAUGAGGAGGAGAUGGUGAAUUUUUUUGUUUUAUAAUAUUGCUUCAUUUUUAGGUUAUUUCAACGGUUUUACGUGUGUCGUUUCAUGUCUCUGAUGAUACAGAUAAUAAGCUGGCUUUAUAAUAGAUAUUUUUUUGGAGACAGUCGCAGUGAAAGGAGAAAGGAAAAUAUUUCCAAAGGUUAUAGUAAAACAAAAUGUUCAGUCCAAAAACAUUGAAAACGAAAACAUUGAAAACAUUUGGAACAAGUUGUAAAAAAAAACACCCUCAUUCUCGGAAGACAUUGUAUUUUUGUUUUGCUUAGGAUAAUACUUUUAAAUUCGUAAAUUUCUGCAUUUUCCUAAAUGGAAAAUGCGUGCGGCGGAAGUAAAUUUGAUUGGCUGUUCGGCAAAUGUAAAUAAAUCAAAACUAAAAGUGGCGGACGUUUCAUGAAGAUUUGUCAAAGGGGUUAUCGACCAUUUACAAAAAUGUUCCACAAAGUCCGGUUGGACUUCUGGGGCGUUUCGGCGGAAAAGUUCCGGGAGCAACGGAACAUCCGAAAAAAAAUCCGAAAAUUAGUGUUUUUUUCCUUCAAAGCCAUCUUUGAAAUCAGGUUGAAAGUCUAUUCUUGGGAAAAAUUUACCAACCGACCGGUUUGCCCAUAUAAAUAGUAAACAGUCAGGAUGUCUUGUUGAUCCGCCUUUCACCUGGAAGUUUAUUGUCCUCAGUAGUGAAAUGAAUAUAGAGCCUGAUUACUAUAAAAGGUACCGUAACUGAUACAAUAGUUAUACAGUCAACUUCUGUUGUUAUAGGAAUUUCCAAGGAAGAGAGCGAAAUCAGUUGUUCUUGAUUAGUCUUUGCCGGGUUUCGAUUAAAUGCGUUAGGCAGGCCGGAAAGAACUUGAAGGAAACCCGAGAGGCGGCGAGGCCGAGUGCUCAGCGCCUCAGUUUUGUAGUCCAAGGUUGUGCGCUCGAGUCCCCUGCUCGUUCGUUCCGAGUUUGCCUAGUGAAUGAGAUUAAGAUCGUAUUCAACUUUAUAUUUGUGUGUUGGGGGGAGGGGUGGAUAAGGAGAGUGGUCUGCUUUUGGAUCUUACUCCCAUGUUUAUAAACAUGCUAUUUGCCAGCUCAAAAGCCUCUGGGAGACCAGGUAUCGUAAAUACACUUGGGACUAAAUCCUCGAUUAAACUUCUUUGUGAUCGUUGUUACAGAUUGGUGAAGACAGUGCAAAGUGUCGUAAGUGUGGAGGAAAAAUGUCUGCUUAUUUCUGUGCCAUUUGUAAACAUUUCACCAGUGUGGACAAGAAUCCGUACCAUUGUGAAAAAUGUGGAAUAUGCCGGUAGGUCUACAUCCUUCUAGCAAAAUAACGAUUACCGUAAAUGGUCUAAUGUGUACUGGGAUAAACGUCGUAUUAGACGCCCCUCUUUACGCCCCCUGUCCAAUAGACGCCCUGCAUAAAAGUUGCUCCAAAAUACUAGGAAAUAGCGAAAUAGAGCAAAAUCGUUCAAUUUAUUCAGGCUGCAUCUUGUUCAGUGCCAAAGAUCCUGGCAUAGAGGUUGGGGUGUAAAAAAACUAUGUUCUGGUGACCUCCUGAAUGGCCCAGACUUGUCCAAACCACCUUUUGUUUCAAGAACCAAUGCGCUUCUGGUUGGCUCGUUCAUAUCAAUAAUAAAUAUAAGCAUAAGUAUUGCCAUAGUGUUUUGUAAUUGUAUCAACACUUAACUUUUUGUCUUCCAGAAUUCACCAGGACAAGUCAUUCCACUGCGAGGUUUGUAACGUGUGUUUAGACAAACGACUUGAGGGAAAUCACAAGUGUCGACCAGAUUCAGGCCAUGAUGAAUGUUGCAUCUGCUUGGAGGUGAGGUUUAAUCUGCCGCGCUUGUUUCAAAUUGCAAUCUUAUCAUAAGCUUCUCAAAAAUUUUUGAAGGAGUGUUUAAGUACAAGUUUAAUCCGAAAGAGUGUAGACGUCGAAACGGGAUGCUAUUAGAUGCGGUUUCAGUGACUUUUUUUUCUUUUGAGUGAGCUGCUUUUGAGGGGUAGCAGGCUGGUUCAUAUCUCUAACACUACAGUACUUCAUUAUAUGUUCUGGAAAGCUGCGGCUGCAGUAAAUUGCAAUGCUGAUAUAAUUGUCUUUUCCAUUAAUUUCAGGAUGCAUUCAGUGGUUGCCAGAUAUUACCAUGUUCACACAAGGUUCAUAGAGAAUGCGCAAUUGCUAUGAUACAAAACGGCAUGUAAGUUAUCACUUUACUUUGCCCAUGACCAAAGGCUUAUUCUUAUGAAAUAAGCUGGUUUAAAAGUAAGAUAAUGCCGAAGUUAUAAUAGGUUUUGUUUUGUUUUUUUGUUGUUGUUGUUGUUGUUGUUGUUUUUUUUGCAAUAGUUAUAGUCUAGCCUCCCCCGCAGGCGUUUUUAGGGAAGAUCGUAUUUCUUCCCUCCCCACAAGAAGAAAUACGAUCUCCCCUAAAAACGCCUGCGGGGGAGGCUAUAGUUAGUCACGUGAUCAACUUUCUGCAAUCAUGAAAACCGUUCCCUUUUAGAAAAUUUUGGUAGCAGAAACUUCGCUCUGUCUUUCGGCACCGUUAGUGUAACAGACCGUUAAGAGCAUGCAGUUGAAGGAUAGUACGCUCCAUACAAAAUGUCAGCGUUGCUAACAGUCCGUAUUCUGAGUACAUACAAAGCGUGCAUCUCAUUAUAACACCAGGGCACGGUGUGUUACGGUUCGUACGUCCGUGCGGAUCGUAACAUGACCUAAACGGACCGUUACAGUGCGGUUAUAUUGAACAACCCAUUUCUUUUGAACCAUUAAAUCAGUUUAGAAAAUUGGCCACUUAAGUCCUUAUAAGACAAUCAAUUAGUUCCGGCAGUUACUACAGUUGCUGCCUCUGAGAAAGUUGACAUGUAGAUGGGAAGGAAGAGAAGAGUUCAAUCGCUCGUUUUGGUAAUACUCUAGUUCUUGAAAGGUUUGUAAAUAAUUUUUAUUUACUGUCUCUUUCAGUCGUACCUGCCCGAUAUGUCGACACCCGUUAUACAGUCAGUCCAGGGAGUAA